AGUAGUUGCAAUAUACGGAUUUUGCAAGUACACCGAGAACCAAAACAAACCUUUUCAAGGUCGUUAUACAACCAGCUGACCCGAAGUCGGCCGCAAAGCAGGCUAUUCAGGCUCUGUACUGCGAGUUAUAACCAGGGAGAGGGAAGAGUGCUUGAUUACAGCUGGAUACCAAAGGAGAAAUGACUUCUCCUACGCAAGUGUUGAAGAGCGUCGGCCCGAAGCUGGUGCCUUUCUUCAAGACAGUGGCAAUUUACUUUGUGCUGUUCAUCCCUUCGGAGACGCCGUCCCUAUUUUCCAUGGUCAUCAAAUGCUUACCCAUCAUCAGCCUGAUCGUAUUUGUGCUGCUUCACGGCAUGAGUCUGGGAGACGAGUACACAUUUUCACGUCGCAUUCUAACAGGCCUAGUUUUAUCUUGCCUGGGAGAUGCAUUGCUAAAUUGGCCACAGUAUUUCCUGCAUGGCAUGGCAGCAUUUGGGGCGGCACAGAUCAUGUAUACCGCAGCAUUUGGUUUCAAGCCACUUAAUGCAACCCUCGGGGCAGCUAUCUACACAUUUGGUGCAAUAGCUGCCAUAAUCCUGAUGCCAGGUCUCCCUGGGAUUCUGGUAGUUGCUGUUCCCCUGUAUGACAUUCUGCUUAUGACUAUGGUGUGGAGAGCCACUGCCCGGGUUCAGUUCUUUGAGGAACUCUGGACCUGGACAAAAUUAUGUUCCUGUGCAGGAGGCAUCGUCUUCGCAAUCUCUGACACUCUCAUCGGCUUUCAUUAUUUUCACAAGCCCAUUCCUUAUGCACAGGCACUCAUUAUGAUAACCUACUAUGCAGCACAGCUUGGCAUUGCCCUCAGUGUCGUUGACUCUAAAGCAAGUUAUAAUAAAGCACAGGCCAGUGCACUCGCUAGUAAAGAGUCAACAUCUAGUAUAAACAGUCAUAUGGGACACAAGAUUCGGAGGGCAAUCCCAUUACAAUAAUCUAUUCUGAGGAUGUACAAAAAAAAAACAACCGAAGACUGUAUGGGCUCAGAGAGCAUUAGGUUCCAUUGCAUCUCCUACUCUGCAGUCAAAUUACAUUCAUCUUAACUCCUCCUUGCCUCAACUUCGGCAAAGUUUGUAAAAUAAAUAGCCAUUUUCUAUGGCCUGUUAUUCAUACCCCACUUGUCUUCAAAAUAUGUUGACCCAGAUUUGAUGAUAUGUAGCUUCAGAAUAUAUGGAUUUUAGGGAAGGUUGGACUGCUUCAUUGCUGGUUUAGUGCCAACAGAAGUUGGGUAAACAGAUCCCAGCAUAGACUUUAAACACUCAUUUUAUGAAAAAGCCAUAAAGUAACCAACUUUUUGUCAAGUAAGGUGAAGAGGAUAAAGAGUAAAACUAACGGACUCUAUACGUUCAACGCCAUUAAUAUCAAAACCCACCAUUUCACACAGCCCUAAGCCAAUUUCAUUCACCUCCCAUCAUCAUAACCCAUCUCCAUCCUAAUAUAACCCGUUCAUCUUUUUGUUCUUCCAAGUGGUUGUUUACAAAUUCUGGAUGCACUCAUUGUCUGAAAUAUCAGUAUACAUCUACUGGACUACACAGUGCUACAUCCCAGAAAACAGCUCUGUCAUAGUCACCACUGUUAGAACCUUAAAUCUAACAUAGAAGUGUUGUAAGCCUAAGAAAACUGAGGUAACUAGGUUGGAUUUAUUGUUCUCACAGCAAUAACUGUGAUACUGUAUAGUCUGGCAGAAGUUACCGACAUUCCAUUGAAACAGUGGUGAACCUCUACCACAUACAUGGCAGCACGCCCUAGAAAACAGCACUUCUGAAAAUAACUUAAUCUGAACAAACAUUGUCUGUUAUCACUGACAUGAUAAAUUGCCAUGCAGGAAUUUUCCAGUCCACAACUUUCCAAUACACCCACUCCCCCAUAUGUCUUCUUGGCGUAGUGCUUAAUUAGUUAAGCACAGGAACAAUUUUACCUUUUCGGUCAACCUUUUACCUUUCCAGUCAAAAUCUGCUAUUGUCAUUUUCACUGAAUAAUUAGCUCUUAACAUACUGUGAAUGUGAUAUGGUGUGCUCUGUGCCAUUUCUUUUACCUUAACCUCAUGAGCUACAGGAAGAGGAAUACCUAUUAGGCAUUAUUAAGUAAUUUUGUAACUUACUAGUAAUAUGUUUCAUUGUAUGUGUUAACAUAUUUAUUGUCAGCAUGUUCAGUGAAAACAUUAUCCUACAUGUUACAUACAUAAAUCUAAAGUUACUGUAAUGGUAAUAUUCAGAGAUAGUAAUGCAUAUACCUACAUGCAUCAAAUUAUGGUUAGUAGUAUAAACAAAUCUUAGGAUUGAACUGAAUGUAGAUGUUGUCUAUGUGCAUUGGAAAUGCGCACAAAUACAGCCAGCAUGUAAAUUUUG